AUGGCUCAAAGUAUUGAUGUGGAUAAGUUAGUGUACGAAGUGAAAAAUGACCCAAAAUUGGCGGCCAUCAAGCCGACUUGCGGUAGGAUCCGAACAACAAACCGAGGUGGAGAAGAUGAUCUCAAAGUGGGUGUUAAAUCUACUCGCCUUGUUAUUUGGGGAUUCAACGAAGGAAUGGAUCACUCGGGUUUGGAAUUGCAUGCAUUAGUGGUCUUGCCCUCACUGGAUUCAAUGCCGACCUUGGAUGAUGCGAGUGAUAAAGUUGUUAGAAAUAAGAAGUUGUGGAGGCUUAUGAAGUCAUUAAACUUAUUGCAAUCUAUGCCAAUCAAAGAACCAACUAUUCGG